GUACAAUGCUCCAGUAGGUGUCGCUGUGGGCGUCUAGGUCGCGUUCCACCACACAUUCACAGAAAUAGAAGAAGACGUGUGGCAGUUUUGCUGAUUGAUGAGUUGAGCUGUCCGACUCUACUAAUCAUCUUUACAUUCAAAUGUUUCUGUCAAGGUUUUACCUCCACAGUUCCAUCUGAUCCGUUGUGGGUGUAUUUGAGGAGGUUAACUGCGUUCUGCUGUAAAGAUCAAGAUAUGAGUGGUGUCCUGUAGGCAAGUUCUCUCCUGCUGUCUGACUUGGAUGAAGCCAGGUGAGAUAAAAUGUGAGAAUCUGGGACCCACAGGAUGCUCCAGUAGUCAGCAAAGGUCAUCCGGUCCUUUUCACAUGUACGCAUCUCGGUGAGAAGUACGGAAAGAAAUUGUGUGGGAAGAGUUUUAAACAAAAGAGUAAUCUCCAGCAACAUUUGCGUAUUCACACAGGAGAGAAACUGUAUCACUGCUCACAGUGCAGGAUGAGUUUCACUCAGAAGAGUCAUCUCAAACGACACCAGAGCGUUCACUCUGGAGAGAAGCCGUAUCACUGUUCUUGGUGUGACAAGAGUUUUACGAAGCAGAGUAGUUUACAGCGACACGAACGAAUUCACACUGGAGAGAAGCCAUAUCACUGCUCACAGUGCGGGAGGAGUUUCACUCAGAAGAGUCAUCUCAAACAACACCAGAGCGUUCACUCUGGAGAGAAGCCAUAUCACUGCUCACAGUGCACGAGGAGUUUCACUCAUAAGAGUCAUCUCAAACAACACCAGAACGUUCACACCGGAGAGAAGCCGUAUCACUGCUCACAGUGCGGGAACAGUUUUAGUAACCAGAGUAAUUUUCGAGAACACCAACGAAUUCACAUAGAAGAGAAGCCUUAUCACUGUUCAUGGUGUAACAAGAGUUUUACGAAGCUGAGUCAUUUCAAGGAACAUGAACGAAUUCACACCGGAGAGAGGCCGUAUCACUGCUCACAGUGUGGGAUGAGUUUCAGUCGGAAGAGUCAUCUCAAACGACACCAGCGCAUUCACUCUGGUGAGAAGCCAUAUCACUGCUCACAGUGCGGGAACAGUUUUAGUGACCGGAGUAAUUUCCGAGAACACCAACGAAUUCACGUAGAUGAGAAGCCUUAUUACUGUUCUUGGUGUGACAAGAGUUUUACGAGGCACAGUAGUUUCCAGCGACACAAACGAAUUCACACCGGAGAGAAGCCGUAUCACUGCUCACAGUGUGGGAAGAGUUUUAAUGACCAGAGUAAUUUCCAAAGACACCAGAGUGUUCACACUGGAGAGAAGUCGUAUCACUGCUCACAGUGUGGGAAGAGUUUUAGUGACCAGAGUAAUUUCCAAAGACACCAGAGCGUUCACACCAGAGAGAAGCUGUAACAGUGCUCAGAGUGCAGGAAGAGUUUUAGUGACCACAGAAAAUUUCAGCAACACAAAAAUGUUCACAUAACCGAUAAUGAGGACAUGCUACAAUGAUCAUGAGAAAGUACGGGAAUUGGCUAGCUCUAUUCUGAAGACCUAACUUGGAGCACUACUAUAAAGUAGGCAAGGGACGAUUGAUUAUAUCUAAGACGGACUACUGAAAUAGUUUAUGGACAAUUCCUAUUCUUUUGGAUAGCCAUUAAAUAAAAGGUGUUGUAUAGUUUGUUAAUGUAAUGGUCAGGAUUUGAGCAGAUAUGCAAAUAUUUUAUAAGGAAAAAAUGUGUGAAUAAUAAUAAUAAGUCCUCCCACCAUGAUAGUGGGACCAAUGAAAUUAAACAAUUGUCAGAGCACUAUAAUAAGCUAAGCUUUAUAAAAGGUUAAAUACA